UGAAACCCUAAUAUAUAAAAUGGUGUUGUAGCGCCGAGUGUGCGUCUUUCUUGUUACCACUGCCUAGGUGCUUUCCAGAGACGCGCAUCCACAAACCCUAAGCAAAUCGUCUCCUCUCUCUCAUCCAUCUGUGAACAUGUCGAGGAGAAAGACCAGAGAGCCCAAGGAGGAAACCGUCACUCUCGGACCUGCUGUUCGUGACGGAGAGCAAGUAUUCGGUGUUGUUCACAUCUUUGCUUCUUUCAAUGACACUUUCAUCCAUGUGACUGAUCUGUCCGGAAGAGAAACUCUCGUCCGUAUCACCGGUGGGAUGAAGGUUAAGGCUGACCGUGAUGAGUCUUCUCCUUAUGCUGCUAUGCUUGCAGCUCAAGAUGUUGCUCAAAGAUGCAAGGAGCUUGGCAUCACAGCCAUGCACGUGAAGCUCCGUGCCACUGGAGGAAACAAAACCAAGACUCCAGGCCCUGGUGCUCAGUCUGCUCUCAGAGCCCUUGCUCGUUCUGGCAUGAAGAUUGGUCGUAUUGAGGAUGUGACUCCAAUUCCCACCGACAGUACACGUAGAAAGGGUGGACGCAGAGGAAGAAGACUUUGAUUUCCCAAUGAGAUUCGUCAUCUUUCAGUUGUGCUCUUGACUCUUGUGAGGGCUACACACUUGCGAAGUUGGUUUUUGUCUCUCUCUCUCCAGUUUAUCUUUCAAGUUGCUUCGUAAAAACACUAUAAGCGGUCUUUCUUCGACUUUGUAAACUUUUGCAUUUUGGAGUUUUGGGAAUGAAAAAAAAGUGUUAGUGACUAAUGACGAUUGUGUUUAUUGUUAAUUGGCUAUAUAUUUAUAUAGCUAUUUUGCAUUUUC